UUUGUAAAAGUUUUGUAACAACCAAUCAAAUUUAUUAAUACAACUACGUCCAUUAACUACACCGGUAGCCGUUGAAAGAAAAGAAGAGGCUGUGUAAAAUCAGUAAUCAUCCAUCUCACUGUUUGUUAUCGUGAACAAAUUAACAAUGAAAAGUUUUCUUGGGAAGUUUUUGUUUCUUUUGUUGUUGGUUUUACCAACAACCUUGAUGAUAUUUGAAUCUGGAAAGUCUAUAGCUUUCGCAGCAGAAGAUGGAGGAGGUGAUGCUAUGGAAGGUGAGGAUGAAGAUGUUAAUGUAGAGACUGAGGGUGGUGAAGAAGAACCAGAAGCUGCUGUCACAGAAACAGAAAAGGGAGAGGGAGAGGAAGAAGAAGAAACAACACAAUUAAAACCUUCUGAAGAUGCUGAUGUUAUAACUCUUUUUACCAAGCCCACUGGUACAACAGAUUUGCCAGCUGGUAAACUAGUGAGAUUUUUGGUAGGAUUUACAAACAAAGGAGAUAAAAAGUUCACCCUUGAAUCAUUGGGAGCAUCAUUCCGUUAUCCACAGGACUACAACUUCUUCAUCCAAAAUUUCACUGCCGCCACUUACAACAUGGAGGUUGAAGCCAAGCGUCAGGCUACUGUUGAAUAUGCAUUCAGUCCACCAGAAUCAUUCGCUGCAAGACCAUUUGGAUUGACCAUCCUUCUGGACUACAAAGAUGAGGAUGGCAAUUCAUUCCAGAACGCUGUAUUUAAUGAGACCGUGAAUAUCAUUGAACCUGAUGAAGGACUAGAUGGUGAAACAUUUUUCCUGUAUGUAUUUUUGGCAGCAUUAGCAGUACUACUUAUGGUAGGAGCACAACAAUUCCUUGGAACUUUCAGCAGAAAGCAUCUAUCUAAACCAAAACCAAAGGUAGAAAUGGGAACACAGAACUCAGACAUUGAUUACGACUGGAUCCCAAAGGAAGCCCUUCAAAAAAACUCCCCUGGCCGCUCUCCGAAACAAUCGCCGAGACAGAGGAGGAGCAAGAGAGCCACAAGUUCAGGCGAAGAAUAAUUCUAGAGUUGCUGUGUAUCAUACAAAUGUCAAUUAAGCUCAACCUAUUAAUCCCUUUUCAGCGAAAGUAUAGUAGUUACAUAGACUGCAAGGCUAUUAUUAAAUUGUUCACACGAAAUCAUGUAAUUCUCUAACUUGGCAUGCUGUUAAUUAGUUCGUUUUAAAUUAUUCCGCAACUCAGAAAGAUAUAUUGCAUUUAAAAAUAUUUGUUUUGAUAAAAUAUGUUGUUUAAGAGUUUAAGCCAACUUAUUGUAUUAAAUACAUUUUAUUGUUGUGUCUCAUGAUGGAAAAAUUUGACCAAUCAUAUCAUCCAAAAAAUGCUAGCUUUAUAUGUUAAAACUUUUGACACAUUUUUUUUAUCAGAUCAUAAGUUUGGCUAUAAAAGAAGAGCUAAUCUAUCAUAUCAUUGUUGAAAGAUGGUGUAAAAUUUGAAGUUUAAAAUUUUAUCAAAACAAGUACUUUUAUAGAGUGAGAGAUGAAUGAAAGUAUUAUGCAAUUGUGAUUUUGUAAAUUGUGAUAGUUAUUUUGAGCAUGACAAUAUUUGGUAAAACCACCUUUUCUGUAUGAUGAUAUACUUAUUGUGAAUGUUGUAAAUUUAGUGACGGUAUUCAGAAAAGUAGAAAUGCAUUGAUUUUAGUAUUACCCAACACAAUCUAUUUCAGAGCUGUCCCAUGGGGAAAGUUAUUCCAAAAAGAUUAUUGCCCUCUUUCAUACAUUUAUAGAAUGAUGUAAAAUAUGUGUAACUAAAAAAUCAUUGCCCCCUACCAUAAACUACAGGGUUAGGAAAUUCUGUACAUUACUUCCAUUUAAAAAGUGCUGCACUGCAUUUCUGAAGUAUUACAGUUUAUUCCAUAUAUGGCAGCUUAGAAACGAGUAAGUGAUUUAAAACAUUGAAUUAAAUAUAAUUAUUUAUAGCAGAAUACAUCAAAAUUUCAUACAUGUUUAACCAAUGCAAGUUACAAAUGAUGAAACACAUUCUGUGGUCUGAAACAUAUCAUGCACAAAAUGAAUUGAUUACAGAUUAUUGUAUGUAUGGUGUAUGAUUGGAUUUAGGUUGUGAAUAUGUUCUGGGUGAUGGUACAUUCCAAACUUCUUUUUUCUAGUCAUGCCUUCCUGUUAAAUGAUUAAUUUUGGUAUCUGUUUAAUUAAUAGUAGUUAUUAUUCUGUGCAAACUUCUAGAAGAUCAGCUUUCACAGUAAAACUAAAAAGAAAAUAUCAAAAUGCACUAGCUUUAAUUAAUUUCUUGCUUAUUUGUGUUAAUAUACAACUUGUGUGUCUAAGAAUAAGUAUUGUUAUAUGAAUUUAUGUAGAGGUUGACUAAUUUGAAACUUGUCUGAAAUUAGAUAUGAACCUUAAGAAGGAAUAGUGUUGAAGCAUGUUUUAUGAGACUUAAUGACCAUUACUUGAAGUGUAAUAACUAUAUAUUUUAAUUUACAAACUUGAGAAUAGUUGUGCUCUAUGUUUUUUCAUAUUUCUUUCUAAAUUGAUACACUUGUUCAAAAAAAAUACUGUACCAACUUAAUUUCAACCAGACUACCCUAUGCAACAUUUUUUUUAUUAUUAAUAUGAAGAUGUAUAUGACAUGUUAUUAGGACUGGAACUAAGUCUUGUCCAUCUAAGGGUCUAAUAGUGUUUUAAACUGAUAUUUGGUGCUGAGCUUCACCAGUUAACUAUGUGAUAUUUAUGCUUAGCUGAAAGGAAGUACAAAAUGAAUGCUAUAUUAUCUUAUGACUCAGCAAGAUUAAUGACAGUUGUCUAUUGUGAGUUUGUUGCAUAGUAUCAUUUGUAUAAAUGACGAGUUAUUAUGGUCUCAAAACGAUUUUUACAUUAAAACAAUAAAAAUAUCUCUACAUGUUU